AUGGAGCAUAGCGACGCUUCUCCCGUCUGGAACCCGGCGCUGCGAUCAGAGAACAAUGACGAUGUUGUCAGGACGACUGAGCUCGCGCCGCCCGCCGACUCCUUAACCCCUUCUCAACCAGCUUCCCAAGAAACAACUCCGAGUGCGAUUGACGCAUCGAAUACCGAGUAUAACGCACACGAAACGACCGCGGAGGUACCGCCGACAUUUGAUGAUAGUUUCACCAACGCCGAAACGCGAGAUGAGUUCCGGGAAGAGGCCGCGGAGUUCUUAUCUACGGCUCAUGACAGUCAAGGGGAGAGCCCCUUUGAAGUAGAGCAGUCCGCUCAAAAUGGCGACGGCUUACACACAACGCAUGGGAACCACGUAUCGGAAACCGAAACAACGCCGCAGCAGCGUCAGGAUGAGCAGGACACCUCGGACAACGCUGUCCGAGGCUACCACGCGGUUUGGCCCAAUCACGAUGAUGCUACGGACCGAGUUGCGUCUGUGAACGGGGAGAUCGCCGCUACAAACCACGACCUUUGGGGUAGUCCUAGGAGCGUUACGCACGGGGAGGACGACUUUUUCGACCAGUUGAAGACACAGACGAAGCCGAUGUUUUUCCCGCCGGAGGCGGACUCGAGAUACGAGGAGGGCGUGCCUUUGUUGGAUGAGUCUGUCGAGACUCCGGUUGAGCCAUCCGCGCCUCAAGGACAACUUGAUUCGGUUUUCAACGGCGAUGAGGGUGAGGAGGAUGGGUUCUUUAGCUCGGCGCAGAAGGCGGCGACGGAGGACGACAACCACCAGGGACCGUUCCAUAUCCACCGCAAGAGCACCUCUCAAGUGAUGGAUGCUCUUAACGCUACUGAUCACUACCCGGCUAGCCCCCUUUCCCCCACGGCCGAAGAGUUUGAUAACAUACUGGCGGCUGCCGCAUCGAAGUCGCCCGAGAAGGUGGCUGAGACGCCAGCGGAGGAGGAUUUGGCUGCGAAAUGGCAGGCGGAACUUUCCGACGACGAACUAGAGGUUGCUCCGGUGGAUGCUCCGGUUGAAGAGGACCUUGCUGCAAAGUGGCAGGCGGAGCUCGAUGAUGAUGACUUGCUUUUGGAAGACGAGGCCCAUGACACGACAGCGGAACACGUUCAGAUGGCCAAUGGAGAUGGUGUGGAUCAUACCCUCGGCAGUCCGUUUGGGACUCCGCAAAGUGCGAGCAGACCCAAGGCGCCGCAAAACGCAUACACUCCUCACCAGCCGUCUACAUCGGAUUUGGUCGGUGGAGUUUACACUGGAAAUUAUUUCCAGGCUCGGCCCGAACCCCCUGUCCCUCUAGCCAAGGCCGAAAGUUUCGCGGAACGAUCUAAAGAAGGUUACCGGUCCCCAUAUGAUCUCCCCGAAGAUCUUGCUCCGCGUCGCAGGCCUGCAGUCAAGCCGGUUGUCGCGCCGGCUCCGGGCUUGCCCACACCACCACCCCCUCGGAGCAGCAGCAUUCCGGUGCCACCUCCACAACCAUCAGCAGGAGUGCCUACUCCCCCUUUAGGCACCACCUCUCCGCCAAAGGCAGCCGCUGCUGCGCCUGCGCCUGCACCAAAGAACUUUUAUGAAGAUUUGCCUUUGCCACCUGUUCGACCUCGCUCGCGGCCGCAACCACAAAGCGGUCGAUACACACAGGUCCCCAGCGCAACGGGGCCCGUGGUAGCUCCCCUGCCACCAGCUCAGCCGGUCACUUUCCAGUCACAUCCUGCUGAUGAUGUAGUUCAACAUCAGCUGCAGCAGCCGGAGAGACAGGCGCCGUAUGCUAACACCUUGGCUCCUCAUUCUCAAAGUGCUCCUGUCGUACCUAGCGUUGCGUCGAGAUAUUCCCCGAAACCGCCCACGCUGCAACCUGGAGUCAAGCCCCCAGCUUCUCCUCGGUACUCCCCCGCUCCGCCACCGACAGCCGGACCGCCUCCUCCCCAGCGUUAUGUGUCUCAACCCGCUAUUAUUCCAGCACAAGGAGUUACUUUGCCCUUCCAGCCACGAACGUCGAGUCCGCUAGCCCACCAUGAGAAGGUUUCGUACCAACCUCAAGAAGUGCUGGAAAAGCCGUCAUAUCAGCCCGCAGCUACUGAACCGUUCCCUGUUGAUGCUCAACAGCCCCAGGUUGAUGGUGGGGCUCCCGUUUCCCCUAGGUCAUCACAACAUCCGCCUGUUGUCGCUGAAACCCAGCAAACAUCUCCGCCCAGAAACCCCUAUGCUCCUCCGUCAUAUGUAGAAGAGUUCACCCGCCGUCUUUCCCAUGCUAACAAUGCCCCAUCUCCAUACGCGCCCCACCCUGCUGAGGGCGCAGCAUUCGCCCCCCCUCCUCUUCGAAGAUCACAGACAGGGUCUCCGACGCAGCAACAGCCGGGACCCAAACGGCUAUCUGUACCAUCGAUUGACCCGUAUAAGAGACCUGCAUCCGUUCAUGCGCCUAGCUCACCCACAAAAGGCACCAAUACUUCUGCACCACUGCAAAGUGCUAGCCGUACACGCGCAAUUUCGCAGUCUCUCGACUUCAUCCCGCCGUUUGACGGGCAGGAGCUCGACCCGCUUCAGCGAUGGAAGGGGGUACCGAUAGUCAAGUUCGGCUUUGGCGGUACCGUUCUCUCCUGCUUUCCCAAGCACAUUCCUCGAUACAGCGCGGGCCAAGCUACGCCGAAGAUUAAACCCACGCCCGGUGAGAUCAAGGUCUCGCAGUUCAAAGAUUGGAUUUCUUUCCCCGAAAGCAUUGUGCAACACCCGGGGCCUCUGCGGAAUAAAUCCAAGAAGAAGGAUUUGAUUUCUUGGCUUUCCUCCAAGAUUGCUGCGUUUGAGAACGAGGGUGUUUCGGAAAGCCUCCAGAACCUGCCUGACUCUCACAAGCGCCAUGACGAGAAGACCCUUCUCUGGAAGAUUGUGCGCGUGCUAGUUGAGCAUGACGGCGGAGUGCAAAGCUCGCCUGAGCUUCAAAAGGCUUUGACUGGUGUACUAUUUCCGAACUUGCAAACCGCAGAAUCAGACUCUGCGUACGGCAACUCUUUCCAGCCUUUUGCUCCCCAAGCACUUGAUACCGCAUCUCGACCUGAUGGAACAGACUCAACCUCCUUGGGGACUAUUCACAACAGCCUACUUCUUGGCGAGCGAGAAAAGGCCGUGUGGAGUGCAGCAGAUAACCGCCUGUGGGGCCAUGCUAUGAUCAUUGCAUCCACGCUGGAUAAGGCUGUUUGGAAGCAGGUCGUGCAGGAGUUUGUCCGGCGAGAAGUUAGGUCCGCUACAGGCAAUGCUGAAUCGCUAGCUGCGCUGUACGAGAUCUUCGCUGGCAACUUUGAGGAGAGUAUCGAUGAGCUUGUUCCUCCCUCUGCCAGGGCAGGUCUGAAGAUGAUAAACAAGGUCGAUGGACAGGGUGCUUCUAAGGACGCUCUUGCUGGCCUUGAGUCUUGGAAGGAUACACUGGGCUUGGUUCUGAGUAACCGGAGUACCGGCGAUCACCAGGCGCUGCUUGCUCUGGGUCGAUUGCUGUUAUCCUAUGGUCGGAUAGAGGCUGCGCAUAUCUGCCUUAUCUUCUCGCGCGCAUCGGUAUUUGGUGGGCCAGAUGACCCGAACGCAAGCAUUGCCCUUCUCGGUGUCGAUCAUGUGCACUCUGCCCCCACAUCUCUCCUGGAUGAUGAUGCUAUUUUGUUGACCGAGGCAUAUGAAUAUGCUACCUCUGUCCUUGCGGCAUCUCCGACGUCUACUCUUCCUCAUCUUCUUGCAUUUAAACUCAUACACGCUUGUACACUCACGGAUCGUGGCCAAAAGUCCGAAGCCCAGCAUUACUGCGAUACCAUUGCAGCAACACUGAAAGCCACCACGAAGCCGUCAGGAUACCACCAUCAGUACCUGUUCUUUGGCGUCGACGAAUUGAAUGCGCGUCUUAAGCAAACGACAGGCGACGCAGGGUCAUGGAUCUCAAAGCCCAGCAUGGAAAAAGUUUCUUCUUCUAUGUGGAACAGGUUCAGCAACUUUGUUGCCGGCGAUGAUAGCGACGCUGCCUCUACAGGCUCAGGCAAAGGUGGCGAGGCGGACAUUGGUCCAUUUGCUAAAAUUGCUGGUACACCUACCGUUAGCCGCUCGCCCUCCGUAUCGGACCUGUACGGCCAGUACCCGGUGCCUGCGGCACAGCCAAUUCCCAAUGCAGGACCUUCGCGCUACCAGCCCAACAACCAAUAUGCCCCCAACUCGUCACCUGAUCAAGGUCGCGGACGAUCAUCGUUGGACUCCCAGAGAUCUGCGUCAUUUGCGUAUGGUCAGCGACGGGGAUCCCAGGAGUAUGCUCCUUCAUCUGCUCCAUCUGAAAAUCCUAUGUAUAGUGGCGGGCCGUUCUACAGCUCACCAUCUGUGGGGUAUCAGACCACGCCUCCUCAGACUUCAUACAUGCCUCUCGCGCCUGUUGAUGAAGACAUGGCACAGCAGACCUACCCUCCCCCGGCAGCUGCACCUCAAGGGUUUUUUGCCCAUAACUCGCCUUACCAGCCUCACGUGCAACAAGACUCAUUUGGCGAGUCGUAUGAUACAGGGGCCACAGUCACUCCACAACUAGGCGAUGUGGGCGGUUACAUGCCUCCUGCUGCUAGCACAGGCUACGAGCCUCCGUCUACUGUCAUCAAUGGCCCCGACGACGUGGCUGAGGAGUCAGGGGAGGAGAAGCCACGCAAGCCGACCAUGGGUGAUGAUGAUGAAGACGAGCUCGCCGCUCGUGCUGAGGCUUUGAAGAAGGCCGAACGGGCGCGUAGGGAUCGUGAAGCAGAUGAGGCUUUCAGAAAAGCGGCUGAGGCUGAUGCCCAAAAAGCUGCGCCAGCCAAGGGCGGUUGGUUCUCCUUUGGAUGGAUGAAAGGCGGAAACAAAGAGGAGAACAACCUCGCUGGAAAGCCUAUCCGCGCAAAGCUCGGCGAGGAGAGUUCUUUCUACUACGAUAAGGAUUUGAAGAAGUGGGUCAACAAGAAGGACCCCAACAGCGCUACACAGGCUCGUGCCACGCCGCCGCCUCCAAAGGGCCCGGCUCCUCCCAGCAGAAGUGCAAGCGGAAGCAGCAUGCCUCCUCCACCUGUACCAACGCUCGGCAGCAGACCCCCGUCAUCGGCGGGUGCCCCUCCACCUCCACUGUCGAGCAGCCCUGCGCCGUCUUCGCUUGGCCUUCCACCCACUCCCUCUCUUGGGCCUGCACGAUCCGUCUCCACCGGUGCAGUCUCAACGGGCGGUACUCCAUCGUCUCGCCCGGGAAGCUCUGCCGGCCCUCCUCCCAGGCCUUCUACCUCUUUGAGUCACGCCAGCUCGAUUGACGAUCUACUUGGGGCGCCGGUAGCACGCAAGGGCGCCCCAGCCCGAGGCAGAAAGAAGGGCCGUGGAUACGUCGAUGUGAUGGCCAAAUAG